CAGCGGCGGUGGUGGUGGGGGCGGCGGAGGUGGUGGUGGGGUUGAAGCGGUCAUGACAGCAACGUCAAAUCAACCAACCAGGAUCGUCGAAAUCCGAUACCAUGUUGUGAUGUUAAUAGGGAUGGACAUAACACUCAUGAGGGACAUGACUCAUGCCCACGUGGACAUGCCACGUCGGCUGAUCGAGACUGACAUCUCGACAAAAACUCCAAGAUGCACUGUCCUGUUACAUUGUGCUUUGCUUGCAUUAUCUCAUACUCAACGGAAUCGUGCUUUCAUGUGCUAUAUUUGUUACAAUACUGCGACAGCUUCCCAAAUCCCUGCUUCUAAUUGCGUUGGUGUACAUCACCGUGACAUAGCUGUAGAGCAGCCGAAAUUACAAUGGAGAAUGAUACAGCAAUACAAGUUGGGGGCUCAGAUGGGAACACGGAAGAACAUCAAAAUCUUAUGAGGAGAGCACAGAGAUUGGUGAGUCUGUCAGUGCAAGUGAAAUAUGUGGCUCUAGUAUUGUCAGCCCUGGAGAAGGGUGCAACAUACAUAGGGCAAAUAGCGUUCGUGGGCGCCACUGUGGUCUUGCUGGGGGGUUAUGUCUCUCAGCUCAAGCCCUACGAUUUCAAGCUCAUUUCUGGUCUGCUGCUUUCAGAGGGUGUGCGAGUGUUCCUAGUCAGCAAGAAUGUUGAUUAUUCAGUAGCCGCUGGGUUCCACAAUAGUACCUUUGGAGGGAUAUUCACCUGGGCAGCGUGCUGCACUUUCGUAGGUUCUGACAUUUGCUGUCUGAGGACGGAGCUGACAAAGUAUAUAAAGGACCUGUUCAUACAUCUCAUAUUCCAUGGGCUCCAAGUGGGUAGUGCAGCUGUAACAUUUGGUUUCUCCCUUGCUCGGUUCACGUCAGGAGACUACAAACCCAUCUCAUCGUCGGAUGCAGGGCAGGUGGCCAACUUUGUGUAUGGGAUCAGGCUCUUCUACAUUCUGACUUUGGUGGAGUCAUCAGUUUUCUUGGCGGUCAAACUACUGGGUUGGGACUUCCUCUUGUUGUGGCUGUCCUGUAUUCGAGGGGAAGCUGAAGGGCUUGCAGUCAAUGUAGGCCCACGUGUACAUGAGGCGUUUGUGAGAGAGGGAUUCGAACACCAAAAAUGGGAUGAAGAACACCAAGAACGCAUCUCCCAUCACGAGGAGUUACUGGAGCUCCUUUGCUGGUACAUACCUCAUGAAGCUAGAACCUUUGGAAGUAUCAAAUGCAUGAUUCAGCUCAUUGUUCUUGGAUCAUCAUAUCAUGAAAAACCAAGGCAUACUGCAAACAAGAUUCUAGCAAAGGUUGUACUAACAGAAGGUGAGUUACACAACUUCUUAUUAGCUGUGCGAGAAUUUGGAAUAAUUCCUUUGGCGGUUGUGGACGAUGACGUGAUCAAAUUCCUGGACCGCAUUGUCACAGAAGCACCAGUGGGCUUCCUUCCUCGUGAAGCAGUUUCCAAGCAAGCAUCCGAGUAUCUAAUCAGAUCCAUUAUUGACGGAAGCGACGACGAGAUCAAAGCCGAAGCGGCCUGGACAUUCUUAAAGUGGUGGAGGAAUCCGAGAGUUUACCGGAGCUAUGCUUUUGAUCCUGCAGAUAUCUUUCACAGGAUUUUCAUUGAGAGGGGACAGGUGUCAUUACAUCGAGGCGAGCUUGAAUCUGUCGCUGGAUAUGAAUCCGUUGCUGGUCCUAUUAGAACAGUCUUCAUUAACUUGGUGGAACCUGAGAGGUCAGAUGUCAUGAACAACUUUUUGAGUAGGGUGGACUUCAGCAAACUCAAGGACAAGCGGAGCACUAUCGACCUGUCCGGGAUUGUCCCUGAGGUUAUUGGUGCCGAGUCAGAGCUAGACGACACUGUAGUUGGGCUGGUGGCAGCUUGGAUAUGGUUCAUGGAUGAAUCCACUUUCCAGAGGGUGAUCUCCAACUUGACUGAAGAGGCCCUGGGCAUGCUCGAGAAGAAUACUCGUAUUUACGAGGCUAUACUGUCAUCUAACAAGGGAAAAUGGUUUUAAAACUCGAACUGAAUCAUUGUUGUUGUUUAUCUUUCCAUUUAAUAUCGUUAA